AUGCCGACUAUCGUUGAGUCACUGCCCUCGGCCAUCCGAGGUGGGCACGAAGAAGCUCGCCCACAAAUCACACAACCUCUGGAGUAUUCGGGGGGUCUUGACUCCUAUACUUCCAAUGAUAUCACCCCAGUCAUUGGCAGAGAAUAUGUGGGCCUUCAGGUCGCGGAGAUUCUCCAAUCCAAAAACUGUGACCAGAUCAUUAAAGACCUGGCGGUAACCAUCUCAACUCGUGGAGUGGUUUUUCUGCGAAACCAGGAUGUGACCCCCGAGCAGAUGCGCCAAUUUGGGGAGAAACUGACCCUUCUCGCCGGCUGUCCACAAUCGUCGGGACUUCAUGUGCAUCCCCUGACAGAGGAAGGAAGUGAACUAGGGGACCAGAUCAGUGUCAUCAGCAGUGAAAAGCAAAAGACAGGAGGCGGACUCACCCAUCAGCUGAGCGACACCAGCCGAUUUGCCUCUGUGGGCUGGCACACAGACAUCAGUUUCGAGCGGGUGCCUUCGGACUAUGCUAUGCUCAAAAUCCAUACUCUCCCUGUGACCGGAGGAGAUACGCUUUGGGCAUCUGGAUAUGAAAUCUAUGAUCGAUUGUCGCCCGCGAUGGCUACCUUCCUAGAGGGAUUGACUGCGACUCACGAUGCCAACUUUUUCCACGAGGAAGCACGGAGACUUGGAAAUCCAUUACGCAAAGGAAUUCGGGGAUCCCCGCUCAAUGUUGGUGAAGACCUCACGGCGGUUCACCCCGUCAUCAGAACAAACCCCGUGACUGGAUGGAAGUCAGUCUAUGUGAACAAAGGUUUCACCAAGCGCAUUAAUGGUGUCACCAAAGACGAGUCUGAUAUGUUGCUUCAGUAUCUUUUCAAUCUGGUUACGCACAAUCACGAUGCUCAAGUGAGAUUCAAAUGGAGAGAAAACGACAUGGCAGUCUGGGACAACCGAUCUACUUGGCACUGUGCCACCUAUGACUAUGCAGAAGCCCGCGCCGGUGAUCGGGUUUGUAGUCUUGGUGAAGCUCCUUACUUCGAUGCUCAGUCCAAGUCGAGAAGACAAGCCCUGCAGGGGAUUUAA